CGACGUUGUUAGAACGUGCUUUGGGUGUUAAUAAACAUGACUACAGAAAUUCUUACAGCACUGAGCGUUCUCACUAAACCUCUCCGCAAUGCCACACAAGCGACACAGCAGGAAGUGCUUGUGUCUGCCCUUCAAAAUAAUCGUCAUGAACUGAAGCAAAUGUUAGAUGGCGGAGACCUAAAGGAGGCAAGUUGUUUACUGGAGGAGGUUCGAAGGGAGGUGCUAUGGUAUUGCACCCACACUGAGGAUCCAACCUGGAGCUUUGUUCAGGAAUGCCUUCUCCUGCUGCUCUGCUUGUCCCGCCAUUUGACCAAACUCCGGAAGGCCUUCGACCAAGAGCCACAGACUGUUCCAAAUACCCGUGUCUCGGAUACAGCUCCACCGUUAUCUCCAGAUAUACUAAGUGUGGCCCAGCAGAAGACACUAGGCACAGUGCUGCAGUUUCUUGUGACGCUUGGUCUUUGUCCAUAUAUGACACCCGGUGUAGGGCUGAGCCUGGCACUCCGAUCUGCUUUUGGGGCAGCUGUGGAAAGUGCUGUGAAUCGUGAUGUGGCCCCACCCUGUGAUCGCCGGCUUCUUGUCACUACAACUGUUUUACUCGAGGUGGCUGAGGUGUCGUCCCUGGCUACUCUGGUUUUCACACGUCACCUGGGUGACCUGAUGGCGUCACUUUGCCAGUUAGGUUUUCGGCACCAUCGUCCAGAAGGAGAUAGCACUGAGAAUAAGGGACUCACUGCAGAGGAGCGUAAGACAUGCAGACAAGCCCUUCAUCGACUUCUGGGAAGAGUUUAUCAACCAAUUGUUAUUAAGGAGCUUCUGCUUCUUCAGGGAGGACCCAAGGCACCUUCAGGCUCUAAACUGACUCAGGCUCCUCCCUGGUUGAGACGUCUUUGCGGCCAGCUGCUGUCUGAAAGGCUGAUGCACCCACACGGGGUCCAGGCCGUGGUCAGAGCCAUCCUAGAGGGAUCUGGAGGUGGAGACUCGGACUGGAGAAAAUGUGAUGCUGUGGCCAAGAUCCUCUCAACUUGCCCUCAACAAUCACUCUCGGCUGAAAACUACUACAGUCAAGUGUGUCCACAGGUGCUGGACCUUUUCCAUUUUAAGGACAAAGUAACAGCACAGCAGUUCCAGCGUGUGGCCACCAGGGUGGCGCUCACCUUGGUGCAGGAUCAGCCUGAAUUCGCCCAGCGCUUCCUGCUUUCUCCUCUUCUUUUUCCACUCCAGCGGUGUGCAUCAGUGACAGAUACGACCCAUGUUACAGGAGAGGAUGUGGUGGCGGAGUCUGAGCUAGGCCGCUGUUUGGAGGAUGUGUAUAAAAUCUGCGUGGUGGGUAACAGCCCAUCAGGACUGCUCCUGAGCGCUCUGAGGGGUGUAAUUCCAACAGUCUUCAACCUGUUUUGUUUCACCAAACAAAAUGUUUCUCACCUACGCACCCCAUGCCAGGAGAUCCUUUUAUGGUACCUGGCUCAUUCAGAUCCCUCAUCAGCACUUUCACUGCUCAAAGAGCUGUGUGUCCUGCAGCAAGGUGGUGUCGCGUCUGUGUUCCAGUUCUCACCGGGUAGUGAAGGAGGGGUCAGGCUUACCCGACGAGAUCCAGUCAGCGAUGAGGAUGAUGCUCUGUAUGAGAAGGUAUCAGGGGAGCAGUGGAGAGUGGAGUGUCUCGUACAGCUGCUGGCUGAGAUGAAGGACAGUGACCUGCCUGGAGAUUUCUUCCUCUUGCUCCUGCAGGAUCUGACAGACAUGGCAGGAGAGCAGCAGAAGCCAGAGACAGAAGUAAACACAUCCUCUAUGACACUGCUGGAGCUGGAGCAGCACCUAAUGGGCUCUGUGAGUGGCUGUGGUCAGAGGCUGGCUCUUCUACAGACGCUGGCUCUGAUGUGUGAGGGGCUACCACACACACUACUGCUUCACAAGACCACCCAGGUGGUGAGAUUUAUAGAGACCAUGCUUCAGAGGGUAUGUGUGACUCUGGAACAUGGUUCAGGGAAAACAGUUGAGAGUCAGACUCUCAGUACGGGGAUGGGACUAGUGGCUACUCUGCUGUCAGGAGCCCAGCUUACACCAGAGGACUACUCCGCCAUGGGCAGACUUCUAUCUCCUCUGGAACAGGUUUCCCAGCAGCACCCAGACCCAGCAAUCCAAGAGCUGGCCUUGGAUCUGCGGGCUACCAUUGCAACACAUGGGGCUUAUCACCUUGGCUCUUCGUCCAACACAGCCCAGCGCUACAGCCAAAUACAAAAUCGGCUGACCGGCCAGAGCAAAUGCAAUCCUGUUCCACCCAGUAGAACCCCAGUAGGAUCUAAAGCUACUUCGAAUGUUGACAGACCUCACAGUAAUCAGCAGUCACCCAGGAUUCCCUCUACCCCUAGUUCAGGUGCCCUGGCAUCUAGCCCUGAUUCUUUUGCUACCAGAACUAAAAUUAAAGACUCUCAGCAUGGAAAUGUUAAAACUGGAUCGUCCAUGCAGGCACCUGGUAAUAUAAGCACAAACAAGCCAGUCUCCGGUGCUUCCGCUGCCAGAAUGCCGUUCUCUGAUUUGCUGCUAGAGGCAUGUGACCCAGACGUGCCCACCCGGGCAGUGGCAUUGCGGGUGCUCACCCAGGCUGUGAAAGAAGGUGAUAAAGAGGCACUAGAAGCUCGCGAAAAGCUGCUGGCGCUUUUUCUGGAGAAUUUGGAGCAUGAGGACUCAUUCGUUUACCUCUCUGCUAUUCAAGGCCUGGCUCUGCUGGCAGAUUCGUACCCUGAGCAGAUCCUGAAGAGACUGUUGGUUGAAUAUCAGGCAGGACCGAGUGGAGCUUCCACCAGUAGCAGCCAAUCUCUGGAGAUGCGCCUCAAAGUGGGAGAGGCUUUGAUGAGAGCCAGUAGGGCAAUGGGUGACCUGGCACCACACUAUGGGCAUCCUCUAAUUGGGGUGUUUCUGAGUGGCACACGGGACGAGGACAGCAGCAUCCGUUCUAGCUGCCUUUCCAACUUGGGAGAGCUGUCCCAGCGCCUCAAUUUUUCCCUUGGCCCCCUGGCAUAUGAGCUGAGCACGUGUCUCACAGCCCUAAUAAAAACUGAAAAAGAGGCAGAGGUGCGCAGAGCCGCAGUCCACGUCAUUGUUCUUCUGCUGAAGGGUCUCAGUGAUAAAACCACUCAGGUUCUAGGAGAUAUCCUUUUGGAGCUCUAUAGGGCAUUGAAGUGGGUGGUGCGCUUCGACUCGGACCAAGUGGCUGUACUCCAUGCUCAGCUUGCUCUAGAAGAACUUGAUGAUAUCAUGAGGAGAUUCAUAUUUCCUCAGCAGAAAUUAGAAAAGAAGAUCGUGGUCCUGCCUUGAGUCUGUACAGCCCCACAGACGACAGCUCUCUCAUAGAGUUCUCAUCUUCUGCAUUCUAGUUACAAUCACAGAUUGUGAUAGAAAUGAGAGUGUGUGUGAUGUUGCAUAGUGGGUGUACUACAUGCAGUCCUGACCUUCAGUAAAAAAAGAUCCAAUCACUUAUAACCAA